AUGUUUUCAAAAUAUGAUUUUCUGAAGGAUGUGAAUCCUGCCAAGGAGGACUGGAGGAUUAAGGUGAAGGUGGUACGUGCUUGGAAAAUUCCUAACUUUCGACGUAUAGAUUUUGAUGAUAAUGUUGAAAUGGUUUUAUUGGAUGAACAGGUCGGGAUAACAAAUACAAAAUAUACAACAAGGAUUGUUAUGGAUUUGAAGGUGCCAGAUAUCGUUGAGUUCAAAAAAUGUCUUUCGGCUGAUGGUGUGGAAAGCAGUUUGAGGAUGACUCAGUUGUCUACUCAGUCCUCCUAUUCUUUUGAAAAUGAUUUUCUCAGGGAGACUAAAAAGAAAUCUAUUAGCGAUGUGAAGCUUUGUGGUGAGGUUACAACGUGCAUCACGUACGGGACUAUAAAAGCUAUUGAGAGCAAGGUUCAGGUCAGAGUUGUGGAUAACACAGAUUCUGCAUCAUUUCUUAUGUUUGAUCGCGACUGUGUGUCUUUGUUAGGAAUGAGUGCUGAUGAAUUGUGCGAGCUGCAUUUCAAGAGGGGUGCGGAUUUGGAUCAGUUUCCAGAAGAGUUAAAUAUUCUAAAUGAGAAGUCAAUGUUGUUCAAGAUAAAUGUGAAGCAAAAGGAUUUAAACUCAUACAGUGAGCCCAAAUAUCAAGUUUCUAAAAUUUGUAUCAGUGAAGACAUAAUCUCAGCGUUCAUUAAGUCUCUUAUAGAUCCAAGUGAUGAAACAAUUUUUGAUAAUGCACGCGAAAAUAAAGUUGUAACGUCGGAACCAGAAAAGGCUGCGGAUGUUGAGAGUCAGACCUGUGAUAGUGCUGACGUUGGUGAUAUCUCUCUGACGAUGUUGACACCUGUGAUCAAUUCUCAUGAUUCCAUUGCUGGAGAAUUUAAAUUUUCAGCUAUUCGGAUGGCGAAGAAAAUAAAGCUUGAAAAAGAAUUUGAUGAUGAAGCAGAUGAGAACAACCCCUAG